AGCAUGGUAAAGGUUUCGAAAUCUCUCAAACCUACGUUGGAUUUUCGACGUUCUGUUUCAAAGGAUAAAAUAUCAACACCUAUAGCGACGAAAGCUCCUCCUGCUUCUAUUUUGCCCCCUAAAAAAGUAAUUAAGGCGUUAUAUGAUUAUACGGCUAACGGUCAAAAUGAACUGUCUUUCUCUAAAGGUGAUUUCUUUCACGUCGUUGGUAACGAAAAUGAUCCAAAUUGGUAUGACGCAUGUAAUCCUGCAACUAAUGUACGAGGAUUGGUUCCUGUUUCGUAUUUUCAAGUAUUAGAAAAAAGUGGUCGAUCUAUUGCUGAUGAUAAAGCUGAUUCUGGUAAUAUAGAUGUACAAAAACCCCAACCUUUAUACGGUAUUGUUCUUUAUGACUUUGUUGCAGAACGACCUGAUGAAUUAGAUGCUAAGGCUGGUGAACCUAUCAUUGUAAUUGCUCAAUCAAAUCAUGAAUGGUUUGUUGCUAAACCUAUAGGUAGGCUGGGUGGUCCAGGUUUAAUCCCUGUAGCUUUUAUUGAGAUUAGAGAUCACGCAACUGGUAGAGCUAUUGAUAACAUUCAAGAAUUAAUGGACAAAUCUAUUGUUCCAAAAGUGGAAGAAUGGAAAAAAAUGACUAAAGAUUAUCAAGAAAAUAGUAUUUCAUUGGGUCGUUUAGAUUCAAAAUUAGCACCUAUUGGAAUAGAUCCAAAACUCGCUCCUAUGGCUUUAGUUGAUCAACAAUUAGCUCCUGCAUCUUUAGAUUAUGAUCCAAAACUUGCUCCUGUAUCUUUAGAUUAUGAUCAAAACUCUGCUUCUGUACCUCCUGAUUAUGAUCAAAAACUUGCUCCUGUACAAUCUAACUAUGAUCAAAAACUCGCACCUGUGUCUUUUGAUAAUAAUAAUUCAGAUUCUCCUGGAUUACAUGAUUCUGCUCCUCUCGAAUAUUAUGAUUAUUCUCAAGAAGAACCUUUUGAAACUUCUGACACAUUACCAAAUAAUUCUGAUCAACAAUUUAACAACUAUGAUUCUGGUACCGUUCCUAAUGAUGAAGAUAUAAUUUCUGCAUCAGUUGAAUCUUUUCAUUAUGAAGAUGGUCGAUAUUGGUUCUUGGUUCGCGUUGAAUUAUUUUCCGGUUGUUUUCGUCUUUUAUAUCGAUUAUAUGAAGAUUUUUACGAAUUUCAAAUCACUCUCCUUGAUAAAUUUCCUGUUGAAGCUGGUAGAAAUGGUGAUCAACGUAUUCUACCUUUUAUGCCUGGCCCGCUCUCUUAUGUUAACGAUGUUAUUACUGCGCAAAGACGUGCUGAUUUAGAUGUUUAUGUUAAAGAAUUAUUGAGACUACCCUCUUAUAUUUUAAAAGAUCCUUUAUUAGACCAAUUAUUUGGUUUACGAGAUGGCGAUAUCGAAACUCCAAGUGAUCCUAGACAACCUACAAAUGGAGAUCCUUCAAUGGAUCCUUCUUCUGAUGAUCCAUUACCCCCGAUGUUAACUUAUCCUGUUAAUCAUUCUCCUGUUACUCCUCAACAAACAAAAAAAUUACCACCUCUAAGCGGAGGUGGUUAUAAUAAACAUAAUACAUCUACAUCUUCGACUGGUCAAUCUUUUAUCAAAUCAUCACGUGUUCAUGAUGAAUCCUCUAAUAAUUCACUCCUUUUUUCACCGACUGCUAUAAGUCCACAAUCCGACGGUAAACAAACAUUUAUGAAAAUUAAGAUAUCAUUCAAAGAUGAUAAGAUUGCAAUUCGAGUGCCAUCAGACGUUAAUUUUGCACAACUCCGAGAGAAAAUAUGUGAUCGUCUAGGAGAACGUGUAUCGAGUUUAUCAUAUAGAGAUGAAAGGACUAACGAAAUUAAUCCGAUCGAAGAUGAUGAUGAUCUUAACAAUGCAUUGGAUUCUUGUCCAAAAUUACUUAUUUAUGCUGCAUGA